AUGCUCCCUGAUGAUCUUCCCCUGAGCCCGAGGCAUGAGCAGGCCAAGGUUCUCCUGGAGAGAGCCCGUCUGAAGGCGCGCUGUAACCACACCAAGGGUGAUCGACCCCCCAGGAGGGCCCACUCCGAUCAGAGAGGCAGCGCGAAGCAGCUAGAACUCCCAGCCAAUCCACCAACUCAGAAGCCGCAGCGACAACAACAGCCACAGCAGCAGCAGCAGCAGCGAGUCAUCCAAGCCAGAGAGGAGGCGCCCUCCACGCCGCCCGCACCAGUCUCGCUCCUCAUUCUCGAGGAGCCCCAGGUCUCCUGCCUGGCCGAGCAAGGGGCCCGCCCCCGACGCAACGGCUCCUCCCCCACGCGGGUGCGCUUCGAGGACGAGUCCCAGAGGGACGCCCAGUCCCGCUACCUGGACCGCGUGCGGGAGCGCGGCCGCUCGGGCAACCACAGGUCGAAGGCGGGCAAGGCGGCGGCAAACAGCGCCGAUUCCGCCGGGAGCAGCCCGGACAGGGGGCGGGGCCACCGGAGCGCCUCCACGCCGGCGUCUCAGUGGAGGCAGGAGGAGGUGUCCAUCACCAGCGCCGCCGGCGGGGUGACCACCACCACCACCACCACCGUGAUCAAGGAGAUCAUCGUGGUGGUGAAGAAAUGCGAGGCGUGCGGCUCCACGGAAGCCAGCGUCCGUCCCAAGCAGCCGCUGACGGUCACCUUCGCCGGGGCGUUCAUUUUGGGGGAGAACAAGGAGGGCGACGGCGGCUGGAGCAGCUCGGGCUUCGGCAAGCUGAGGAGGCGGAGCCUCAAGGGCCAGAGCCGCCUGGAGGCCGGCAACGGCCCCUACGGCGCCUCGUGGGUGCACCGACGCAACUCCAACCCCAGGAACCGGACCCUGGCGCGCAGGGCGGUGUCCUUCGCGCCCGGGAGCCCCGUGGAUCUGGAGCUCCGUGUCUGCGAGGCACCCGGGGGCCCCGGCGAGCCACAGGGGCCCCCCUUGCCCAUCAAGUCUGCGCUGAAGUCGAGCUCGAAGAACCGCGGCCUGGCCGCGGCGCAGUCCCAGGGGGCAGCGAGUCAGGCGGGGGCCGAGGGCUGCGGCCCCCAGAGCGCAGACCCCCUGGAGACGGCGGAGGCCAGGAGGGAGGGCCCUCCGCCGCAGGGGGGCCCCGGCGCAGGGAGCCUGGUGCCCUGCAUAAGACCCUCCAGCCUUAAGUACUCCUCAGCCAGGAUCGGCCCCGACCUGCCGCCUGCUGACCUCUGGGACGUCACUCCGGAUGGUCCAGAGGACCUCCGGGCGGAGCUGCUGAGGGCGGAGCAUCUGAAGGCCGAGGCCCAAUGGGAUGCGUUCGUGGACACGCCGUCGCCACGCAAAGUGGCGGCGGAGCGAGACGGCCGGUCCAAGCUGUCCCUGCGGCGCUUCUUCUCCUCCAUCGGGCUGAACAGCGUGGGCAAGCUGGUGAAGGGCCGGCGCUCCAGCAGCAUGGAGCAGCUCAGCCUGCCGGCGGACCCCCGCGGGGCCCCAGGCUCCCCCUCCCCAAGCCCCACGCGCCGACUCCCGGCCCCCGGCCGCCUCCAAAGGACCCCCUCGCUGCAGAGCCUGCACUCCACGGUGUUGCCAUUGGCCCAGCUGCGUAAGGCCUCCUCCGUGCAGAGUCUCGAGAAAAGAACUGAACGGUCGACUACACUGGGAGAAGUUCCUGCGAGCCCGCAGGUGGAGCUGCGUCGGGGUCUGAGCGUGGAGGAGGUGCCGGUCACCUCCAGGACGGUGCGUCCCGUCGGUAAGGUGGCCCAGGCCUCCCCCGACGGGACCCUCCUGCUGGAGCUCACCAGACCCCCCAACGAGCCCUUCGGCUUCCUCAUCUCCAGAGGCAAGGGCCGAGCGAACACAGGCGUGUACAUCGAGAAGGUGGGCAGCAACAGCAGCAGCAGCGGCAGCAGCGUGGCGGGCGUGGACGGGCCCUACGCGGGGCUCCUGGGCGUGGGCGACGAGAUCCUGCAGGUGAACGGCGAGCCGGUGGCGGGGCUGACCCUGGACCAGGUGACCCGCCUCAUGACCCGCGGCGAGAGCACCGCCUGCCUGCGCGUCAUGCCCUGCCGCCGCGGCGGCCCGCCCCUCAAACCCAAGCCCACCGCGGGACACGCCCCGUAG